CCGUCUGAUAUGCGCUUUUGAACACCUGAGUAAGCUCCACUCGUUGCCCUGGCGCCGUCGUAGCCUUGACAACGGCAUUUGUUCACCGACAUCCCCUUACACAUUCAAUCAGUUUAUUUGUUAUUUUUCACCUUUCCAGUCACAUUCCUGAAGCCCAAUAAACAAACACUUAGCUCCCUAGUACAUAUGGACAUUAAAAAGGUUUAUGAAUGACUUUUUGGAGGGUUAGUCUCAAAGUGAUUUAUUCAAUAAAUAAAAAAUUGACAUCGAUGACAGGCGCUUGGGCCGCCAGAGCUCGUGGGCCCCUGCGGGGGUUUCCGGUACGCCAGUGCUUACACGGCUUUUCGUUACAUUAUCAACUGUUACUAACGACCCUCAGCAAUAACCACACGGCUACGACGGCGUUUACAGAGGAAGCAAAUGAAGUCUGCACAGUUUCUCCUGACCCCGUGUCUAUAAAAGAGAACAGCACAGUGGACCUUCUAGUAGCCACCAUCAACUGUGGUGAUGAUGUUCAGCUGACCAUCACAGAGAACCCCGAGGAUGCUUUCUACCUGCGGGGGACGGACCUCAUCGCCAAGAGAGGACUGGACUUUGAGUCCCUGCCCAGUGUGGACGAUGCUCUGUGGGUCCGGGUGCGCUGCAACAGAACUGGCUCCAGAUCAGUGAACGUGUCUGUUGAAGUUUUCAUUGAAAAUGUGAACGAUAAUCCUCCGAACUUCGCUCAGAGUCAUUAUGUUCUCCAGGUGAACGAGCUGACUCCUGUGAACACCAGUGUUGGUCUGAUUGAGGCAACAGACAUUGACUCUGAGCCCCUGUACUACCGUUUAGAGUCAGUCACGAACAGGUAUCUACGACUGGAGAAUCCCAACACCCCCAACAUACUGGUGCAAAACACCAUCGACUACGACUCCGUCCAAAAGAUCUCCCUUGUCUUACACGUGCAGGACACGUACAACAUUUCUGAGUCUGGCGAGCCUUCGUUCACUGCCGUGGUGACCAUCACGGUUAACGUGAAGGACAUUGACAACCGUCCACCGUGGUUCCAGCCCUGUGUUAGAACCAACUUGGGGACAGCCAAACUGUGUGUCAGCUCCGGCUACAGGGCAAAGGUCAACCUCACAGAGAAAGAGGAUGGGCCUUUAUCUCUGGAGCCUGGUCCGUUAUACGCCAAGGAUGGAGACAGAAACAGGAGUGAGCUGAUCAGCUACAGGAUACUCAGAGGAAAUGAAGGCAGCAUCUUCCAGAUCGAUGAGGAGACGGGGAACAUCUCCAUGGUCAAAGCCGCAGACAUCGCAGGCCCAAUAACCCUCACUGUCCUGGCCUCCCAGGUCACCAACAGGGACCAGUUUGCGGUGACUCAGGUCAACAUCGAGGUGCUGAAGAAGAGCAGGAACCCUCCGCGGUUUGAGAAGGAGCGUUAUGAAGGAUACAUCUACAGUAACUCAGUCCCAGAGAGCAUGAUCCUACGAGACAGAACCUCCAACAGACCCUUCAGGGUCAGGGCCAGAGACGAGGACUUUGCCACUGGGGUAAACCCAGACAUGAGAUAUGAGGUGCAGUACAGCAGUUAUGUCAACGUGACAACAGAAGGGUUUGUUCUUCUGAAGAGGGUUGUGAAGACAGAGUCUUUCGCUCUGCAGAUUCGUGCUAUGGACCCGUCUACAGGGGAGUUUGGUACAGCGGCCCUCUCUGUCCUGGUUAUACCAGCUGUGGCGGUUCCUUCGCCCUCGGGGGCGGGGUACCGGGCGGGGGAUAUGGCUCUGCUGGGAUUGGUCAUGGCAGCCAUCUUGGUGCUCUGCUUCAUCGUGAUUGGCUUCCUGAUCUCCCACCUGAAGAAAGGAGGCACCAACCUGGAUAAGAUAACUGAGUGUUUGGUUCCAUGUCUGAAGAUGGCGAGGCCCCCAGGGAGACCCAAGGACAGCCUGCAGUACACCAACGAUGGCUACCAGGGUACCGAGGGUGAUGCCCUGCGCGGCGGACCCAGACUCCCAGCGCCGGUAGACAAGAGGGGCCGAGGUGCUACUGUCCCUGGGGACAGAGGCAGGGCCAUCCCCCUGGAGCGACGCUGGAGCGACCGCCACUGUGGCUUCUGCGGCCUGUACGCCAACCACAACCACCAUGCCAAGCCCAGCCCGGCCAGCAGCCCCGCUAGGGGAGGGGGGAGAGGAGGAGGAGGAGACAAGGACGGGAUGAGGUCCAUCCUCGCCAAGGGGGGAAGGAAGGAGGGAGGGAAGUCAGUGUGGUUCAAGGAGAACGAGGAUGCGUCUGGGAUCGAGGUGGAGAUCAUUCCGGAUACGCUGGGUCAGGAGGAGGAGACUGAGGAGGAGGAGGAGGAGGAGGAGGUGGACAUGGAGGAGGUGAAGGGGGGAGACAGGAGCAUGUCUAGCCAGACAGAGGUCGAUGGUGGCCAUGGAGACCAGGAGAUCGAUGGUGGGCAUGGAGACCAGGAGAGCCAGGGAGAGUCUGAUUCAGCUGGUAAAGAGAAGGAGGGUUGAGAGGAGAGGAUAUAUGGGUUAUAUUCUAUAGGGAGAGGAUAUAUGGGUUAUAUUCUAUAGGGAGAGGAUAUCUGGGUUGUAUUCUAUAGGGAGAGGAUAUCUGGGUUAUAUUCAAUAGGGAGGUAGUACAGUUAAAGUUGGAAGUUUACAUACUCUUAGGUUGGAGUCAUUAAAACUCGUUUUUCAACCACUCCACAAAUUUAUU